AUGGAGAAGAAAGAAAAAGUUGAUCUGCCCGAAGACGAGUAUAAGUCUGACAGCGAUUCGAUAUUCCAAGAGCCACCUCCGACCUAUGAUUCAGUCUGCAGUGACUUUUCGUUGGAACCGCCGCCAUUCACAGAUGAAAAGGCCUCUUUGGCAUCUGUCGAAGAAAAUGGCCGAUUCAGUAUCAAUCUGAGCGCAGGGCCCCGGACAUCGGCUAUCAUUCAAGAGCUAUAUCGACCAAUGCAGCGGCCAAGGCUUGUAAAUGUUGCCCCAACAGAGACCGAUAUUCCUGAAAAGUCAGAGCCGGAGCAUGUUGAAAGCACAACAGAAAUAAGUGUCAUCUCUAUGGAUAUCGUGCUGAUGCUCGUUGGUAGUAGAGAUGAGAUCAAGGCAUGCGCCGUAAUUGGCCAGAGAUUACGCGAACAAGGCCAUCGAGUGCGGGUUGUAACGCACUCAAUCUUCAAGUCACUUGUCAUGAAACUCGGCUUGGAGUUCUUUUCCUGCAGUAGCAGUGCUGAACAUCCCAUUGCGAAGCAAGACUCGGGUCUCAUGCCUGGGUUGAGGAGCUCAAAGAGGCAAGAGGUUUUGAGAAGCAACAAGCUCCUUCUAGAGACGUUGAAAGGAUGUUGGACUGCUUGCACACAUCCAGGCUGGUGGAAAGACAGGCCAUUCCUUGCAGAUGCGAUCAUCGCGACGCGACUGGCGCAUGCGCACAUACAUUGUGCUGAGCGACUAAACAUUCCGCUACAUAUCAUGUCUACUUCUCCAUGGACUCACACUCGGCACUUCGCCCAUCCUUUGGCUCAUUUCAAUGCUCCGAAUGAAGUGGAACAGGAAGUCCAGAACUACCUUUCUUAUACUCUAAUCGAAGAGUCUGUUUGGCAAGAAUGCUAUCAUGUCGUUGAUCAUUUCCGUCGAGCUAUUCUAGGACUGCCUGGACUGCCUAGUAAUGGCGGAGGCGCAGUUUUGAGGGAGUUUAAUGUUCCUCAUACUUACCUUUGGUCCUCGGCCCUGUUACCUGCGCCGCAGGAUUGGGAAAGUGAAAUCAAUAUUGCCGGUUAUAUACCGACCAUCACGCAUGAUAUCCCGUACAAUCCGCCAAAUGAUUUGGUGCAGUUCCUUGAGUCUACACCGGCACCCAUCUUUGUAUCGCUAGACAUCACGCUUCUGAAGAACUCGGAGAGAUUCGUUCGUUGCUUGAAAGAGACUUCAGAGAAAUUCGGCCUCGCAUUUCUUUUGCCGAGUACAUUCCACCCCCUGAGUGGGAUCACGGAAGACUCCAAGCUUUUUGUCCUCCAUGACGUUCCAAUGGAGUGGCUCAUGUCAAAGGUUUCUGUGGCCUUCACGCAUGGAGAUUCUCGUACGAUAUCGAUGGGACUUCGACACGGCGUACCUAUGAUUUCAGUCCCGCUUCUAAGAGAUCAACCCUUCUGGUCAACAGCGAUAUCGAAAGCAGGCCUGGGCCCACUGCCUCUCUACGAGAAAGACUUUUCCUGUGAAUCACUGGUCUCAGCCAUUCGUCAUUGUCUUACACCAGAAGUACGAGAGACUGCGCAAGAUAUUGCAAACAAGAUCGAGAAAGAAGAUGGAGUUACAUCAGCCGUGGCAUCAUUCCAUCGCCAAUUGGACUGGAAUGCCAUGCAAUGCAAUUUCUCCAAAGAUGAUCUGGCUACUUUCAGGAUUCGUGAAAAUCCCAAAGUGCAAUUAUCGUCAGUUGCGGCGGCUAUCCUUCUGAAUGCCAAAGGAGUACGAUGGUCGGAAUUAGAGCUAAUCGACCGACAUCCAUACCACACCUACGAGGAGCCAGCUGAAACGGAAGCCCCAAAGAGUGAGGCUUCUCGUUCGGCAGCCACUAUAACAGUUGGAAAAGACUUGAUCAAAGCCAUCGCCAAACCGACAUUCUCGCAUAUUGCAGAUGCGUACAACGGAAUCGAGAACUAUAGCCAAACAGGAUCUACCGAAAGAUCUAAAAAGAAUAUGGCCGUGGGUGUGGCCAAGAAUGUUAGUUUCGGGUCGGCUGUUUUCCUUGGAAAGAUUGCCAUGUUGCCAUUCAAAACUGUGUACUAUAUGGGCGAGAGUGCGUCCUACGGCGUCAGAAGCCUCCAGGGAACCAAUUCACGACAGCAGGCGAAAGGAAAAGAAAGUCAACAAUGGGAUUCUGACUCGGAAGAAUCCACUUCAAGACCUGCUUCAAGGCCUGCUUCAAGGCCUUCGUCUCAGAGGACCAACUCUGAUGAAACGAUCAGCAGACAUCACGUUGAAAUCAUCAUCAAGCUGCAAAUAGAACGGGGCAGGAGAGACAAGAGGCUCCAAGAUCCCAGCUUUGUUGCUAUGGUGAUCUCUUCUUUUGAAGCUCGUUCUAAAAAGGCUUCGGUGUAA